AUGGCUGACAACCAACCCUCCUCCAUCAUGAUUACAGACGCCGAGCGCCCAACAACACCCUCUCUACCUACUCCAGUUGGCUCCAAGACCCCUCCGACAAUUUCAAGUAGGCGGCUUCUAGAUAAACUUGAUAGCAUGAGUGCUGUCCAACGAGCCACUGAAGCCAUGGAAGCCGAUGCCUUGAAUCGAAGGUUGAAGGAAAUAGAAAACGCUGGGAGACAGCGAGAGAGGACUCCAGGCCGAAGUCCUAGUCGGAAGCGACAGCGCGUGUAUGGAGACAGAUUCAUACCCAAUAGAGACGGACAAGAUUUACAAGCAAGCUACAGCCUUCUCCAUGAUGAUGGAUCACCCGCAACCCCCUCAAGAUCAAAAAAGAAGACGCCCCAUGGUGAACUCCACUUCCAGAGAACCGAAGAAGCCAAUAGAACCUAUUCAAAAGUCCUCCGAAAUGAAUUAAUGGGCGACUCCGUUCCCCAGGACUAUCGAUCUCUAUCACCAGACGAGCUUUUCGGUCGACGACAAACACCUCCUGGUCAACCAUCAUCCGCCACUGCCGCACCUACUUCCAUCACCCCCACAACCCCUCACAAGAACAUGUUUUCAUACAAAUCUCCUCAAAAAGUGAUAGGAUCUGGUCAUCCGACACCGUCAUCUAGAACUGGCAAGCAUCCAGGAAUAAUCAAUCUGAAUGCCAGGUCUGAUUUAUACUCCAUCUCGCCUAUAAAUUACUCAUCACAAUCCAUUCUACAAACACCCCGCAAACAGCCUCGUCCCAUAGCCAAAGUUCCCUACAAGGUGCUGGACGCUCCUGAACUGGCGGACGACUUCUACUUGAAUCUAGUGGAUUGGGGCUCUGCCAACAUACUUGGUGUUGGCUUGGGCUCUUGCGUUUACAUGUGGAACAGUGCUACUGGCAAGGUGACACAGCUCUGCAAGCUACCCGACAAUGAUUUGGUGACAUCGGUGGCUUGGAUUCAACGUGGAUCGCAUCUUGCUAUUGGUACUCACAAAGGAUUUGUUCAAAUCUACGAUGCCGAAAAAGGUAGACGACUACGGACCAUGACGGGUCACUCCGCUCGUGUUGGAGCUCUCGCUUGGAAUGAUCAUAUCUUGACAUCAGGUUCAAGAGACCGCCUAAUUUAUCAUCGAGAUGUCCGAAGUCCUGAUCAAUAUCUCCGCCGUUUGGCGGGCCACAAGCAAGAAGUAUGUGGCUUACGAUGGAACACCGAGGAUGGCCAGCUCGCUUCAGGUGGAAACGACAACAAACUCUGUGUGUGGGACAAGCUUUCGGAAACACCCUUGUAUCGAUUCUCCAACCAUGUGGCGGCGGUCAAGGCCAUUGCUUGGAGUCCUCAUCAACAUCACCUGCUGGCAUCUGGUGGCGGAACUGCCGAUCGGUCUAUCAAAUUUUGGAAUACCUCAACUGGAACUCUUGUUAAAGAAGUUGAUACAGGAAGUCAGGUUUGUAAUUUGGCCUGGAGCAAGAACAGUGAUGAGAUAGUCAGCACUCAUGGUUACAGUCAGAAUCAGAUUGUGGUCUGGAAGUAUCCAAAGAUGGAGCAAGUUGUCAGCCUGACUGGUCAUACUUACCGUGUUCUUUACCUGAGCGCCAGUCCUGACGGAACGACUGUUGUGACCGGAGCUGGGGACGAGACUCUCCGGUUCUGGAGAGUCUUCGGCAAGAAGGGUAACGAAGGAAGAACUGGUGAUGGAAUGUCGGGUGGCAGACUGGGAGACUGGGGUUCGAUUCGAUAA